UCUCGAAGCUGAAAGGACUCCCCCUCCCACCAUCGAGUUGUCGAAAGCUUGUCCUUGGGCUCCUUUUUGUCGUCUUCUUUUUCCACGACGCAUUUCCGCCGUGUCUCUCCGCAAAUUUACCCGCUCCGCAACGCAACUCGCAAAAAAUUUAGCGCGGUCGGAACUCGAACCUCACCGGAUAAGCGCCAGUAUUCAUUGGAACAUGUGAAAUCAGUCACAGUCUUGUCUGGCAAACGGUUCGCAACUGUGACAGUGACAGUGAUGUGCGACACUGCAGCGACAGCGUUCAGCUCCUCUCUCUCUCGUCGUUUGAGAACUGAGAGUCUCAAAUUGUGCCGCGCUGAUGGCGACGUCGAUUGCCGCACAAGCUUCGGUUAGAGCAUCUGCAUGCCCUCCACGUACAGGGAGUUCCUCGUCGGCCGAUGGGCGGCAACGGAAUGCCCGAUGCGCACAUCUGUGCGCCGCGCGUCCUGCCGCACAGUACAACUUGGCGCAAUGGCCGGCGGAAUUUUCGAGGGCCGCGUGUGCGCGUGCGGGGGCGGGCGAACGACCACGCCUCCCGGCGAUAUCAACGUUGGUCGUCUCUAGAAGAGCGAUAUCGGUUGUCGGUCGGUCGAGUGUGAGGAGUGGUUUCGCUGUGGGUUGCCCGGGCGAUCGCGGCUUCGUCGGAAGCGCACAGCCGCGAUCAUCGUCGUAUUGCGCGCUUAGUAGCGGUAGAGUGCGCUCGGGCCUUCAGGAUCCGCGAAAGAGCGCGCCAAAGCGCCACGUGGAUAACGCGCCGAGGCCGCUUGAAGCGUGGGAAAGCAUGGCAUCGGGACGCGUGACGGGGUCCAAAAGUAUGAAGAGCGGGACACGUGGUCGAGGAGGACCGUCAUCGAGGACGAUGUCGAAAAAAAGAAAAGUGGAUGUUGUGGAUGAGGAAGCAGCUGGCCGUUCCAUCACACAAAGCUUGUUGCCGAGGGAGGAAGGAGAGUCCAGCAAUGGAAUGACAUGGGGGGAUUGGAAAUUUAUUAUUUUACCAGUAGGGACUCGGGGUGGUACUUCCACCCAACCUUACACGAAGGAGGAGGAGGAGAAGAUGGYCGYCGUCCUGAGGGRAAGAAAGGAGAAGAAAGAGGCCAAGAAGAAGGCCCUACAGGAGGAGCAGGCGGCCAAGCUGAAGAAGAUAGAGGAAGAGAUGGCCAGGGAGAAGGAGAGAAUAAAGAAAGAAGAAGAGGAGAAGCUGAAAGAGGUGGAAGAGGAAGAAGAGGAAGAGAUGGCCAGGGAGAAGGAGAGAGUAAAGAAAGAAGAAGAGGAGAAGUUGAAAGAGGUGGAAGAGGAAGAAGAGGAAGAUGAAAUGCCACUGCAAAGGAAGAGGGGGCAGCACGGUGGCAGCAAAGAUGAAGAGAUGGCGAAACGGAUUUCGGAGUGGGUCGCCAACUUAUCCCUGGGUGAAGACGAAGAGGUAACUAUGUAUAUCCCCAAGGAUGAGCAGGAAGCCGCUAUGAAAAAAUGGGAAGAAGAAAAAGAUGAUCUGAAGCGGCAGGCGAUGGAAGAUGAAACGAGGAUGGUGUGGAAACUCGCAAUGAUGAGGGAGAAGAAAAGAAGAGUGGAGGCGGCAAGUGAGGCGGUUAAAGAGUUGGAGGAGGUGCAAAAACUAACUCUACGAUUGACCCCCCAGGUAGAACUCCAACAAAAGGUGGAUAUAAUUGCCCAGAGCGUCGAGCGUUUAGCGAAAGUACAAGAACAACAAUACGAGUUUAGCCGAAGUCAGGACAUAGCUGUGCGUUCGAUGCGGACGGGGUUCCGGGACUUUGCACGCGAAUUGGUAGGAGCUGUAGGAGCCGAGGUGAAUCAUCGCCUCGAGAAGACAGAGCGUUUUUGUGUUGGCGCCAUCGAAGGCGUCAAGGUGGCAGCUCCCAAGGAGGGCGAGCCGCGUCCUCAUAGGGAGCCAGUCAAAGUUAAGUUCCCUGAUUCCUACACUGGAAGGAGGGAAGAAAACUUUGACAAUUGGGAGGCCAAUGUCAAGACCUAUGUCUCCCCGGAUCAGCAUGUCUUGAUUGCGAUCCAUGCGCUCAGAGACGAAGCUGCCAACUUUGCAAGGUCCCUGGUUCGCGCCGCCGACUGCAAUGAUGAUGCAGUUGCGUAUUCGUCAUUCACUCCCCUCGCUGAGUUCAUGAAAUUGAUGCGCGAGCGAUUUGCAGAUGUUGCUCGCAGUGUCAAGGCCUCAGAUAAGCUCCAGACGAUCCAUGCUCAGGGAGUCCAGGCGUAUUUCCGCCUAGAGAAAGAUGGGAAAGUGGAGAAGGUUCUCCACUCCCUGACUCUCCUCGUAGAAAACAGCCUCCCAUUUGAUAUUGUUCUGGGGAUGGAUUGGGGAGAGGCAGCCGGGGCCACGCUCCAUUUGAAGGAGCACGAGUGUAGGCUCCCUAGUUCUUCAGGCGAGGCCAAGACUGCCCGCCUGUUCCAUGUGUCAGGGGUAGAGAAUCCCUUGGCACAUUGCUGCCUUAGUGCUCCUGCGUUCGCCAGAUUAGUGAAAAAGGAGAAGUUGGAGGAACAGGUUUUUGUUGCCUAUGUUAGGCGAGUGACUGGGCCUACGGAAGAAAAGCCGAUGGACCCUGCGAUUGCCAAGCUGCUGGAAGAGUUCAAGGACCUAACUGAGCCGCCGAUAGGAGUGGUACCGCGGCCCAUCCAGCACCGCAUUGAGAUAGAGCCUGGCAGUAGAACUCCUAAGGGCACUGUGUAUAGGAUGUCCCCACGGGAGCUAGAGGAGCUUCGCAAGCAAUUAGACGAGCUCCUCGAAAAGGGUUGGAUUAGGCCCAGUUCGUCUCCUUUUGGAGCGCCUGUUCUCUUUGUUCCCAAGAAAGAGGGAGAGCUGAGAUCACUGGGAGGUCUCCUCUUUGGUUAUGAUAUAGGCGCCACAUCAGAUGCAAUUCUUUCCUUAAAGAGUGCUACUUUAAGUGGAGUGUCAUGGCACAACCUGGAUUCAUUACAGACAGGCCUUGUGGUUAGCGGGUCCUUAGGGGGAGCGCUGCUCGGGUCAGCCCUUGCAUACGUCAUCGCAGAUCCAAUUGGGAGGCGAAUGGAGCUGAUUUUGUCUGCAAGCUUGUAUCUCUUGGGGUCAUUGGUACAGGGGGCUGCACCAGACUUGAUUGUGCUGGUUAUGGGCAGGCUUAUAUAUGGCAUCGCCAUAGGUUUGGCAAUGCAUGGUGCUCCAAUGUAUAUUGCUGAAACGGCCCCAGCUAGCGUUCGUGGGACGCUUGUGUCGCUGAAGGAGGGAUUCAUUGUGCUCGGCGUUUUGGCAGGGUACUUCGUUGGAAAUGAGACAAUCGAACUUCUUGGUGGGUGGCGCUGGAUGUUUGGCGCUGCUGCUCCAGUCGCUGUUGUGAUGGGUGUGGGGAUGGCAUUUCUUCCCCGAUCCCCUCGCUGGCUGCUUCUUCGCGCUCUGAGAGACCCAACUUGGUCCAACAGUCCACAAUCAGGAGCUCGGGCAGCGCUUUGUGCUCUCAGAGGAAACAAGUCUGGGAGGGGUAUUGACGACGAGAUGGCUAACAUGCUGGCGAGUAUAGAAACCCCAGGCGAGUCGGGUGACACUGCAUCCUGGGCCGAACUCGUUCAGGGUACCAAUCGGAAGGCACUCAUCAUUGGUACUGGGCUGGUCUUCUUCCAGCAGGUUACAGGUCAGCCAAGCGUUCUGUACUAUGCUGCAAGUGUGCUUAAGGUUGUGAGUCUGUUUCUGUUGUAUUUCUUCCUCGAAGGCGGCUCUGCAGAUGUUAGCGUUAUUGCCCUCCUGCUAUAUGUCGGUUGUUAUCAGAUUUCAUUUGGCCCAGUCUCCUGGCUUAUGGUAUCUGAGGUAUUCCCGCUGAGAGUGCGUGGACGGGCGCUCAGCAUCGCAACACUCGUCAACUUUGGUUCCAAUGCUGUUGUGACUUUUGGCCUCCCUCCUCUUCAAGAUCGAAUUGGAACAGGAAAUGCUUUUCUUGCAUUUGGAAUAAUCGGCGUGCUGGCUUUAGCAUUCAUCCUGUUUAGAGUCCCAGAGACAAAGGGCCUCAGCUUGGAGGAGAUCGAAAUGAAGCUGAGGGAUUCAUAAUUUCGAGAAGCUCGUAAUGUCCCGAACCAAGUGUGUUUUUCGAAUGGAUCAUUAUUCAUCAAUGAUUCAUUAUGAAUAAAAAUCUUAGUGAUAUCAACCCUUGGUCUUUGUUGGUUAUCCUUUGUAAAGUGUGUGUUUUUUUUUUUUUUUUUUUUUUUUUUUUUUUUUUUUGUGUUUAUCGGGUUCCUUGUUGGAUCAUUAUGAAAAAAAUCUUAGCGAUAUCGACCCUUGGUCUUUGUUGGUUAUCCUCUCUGUUUUUUUUGUUUUUUUUUUGUGUGUGUGUGUGUGCGUAUUGGGUUCCAUGUUGUCGUCAAUCUUCUUCGAUCUUUCACUGAGUUUGCCGGAGAGUGAAAGUAAAUGGAAAGAUAGAAGGUACUAUGGUCUUCACCAGAAUAGAACGCCUGGUCAUUAUUGCUGUAUUUAGACUGAAAGAUACCCAAAUACAUACAGCUAUAAUGACCGUAUGUUGUAUUCGGGGGAAGAAGGUAGUGGUGGUGUGUGUCCUAACACUGUGAAGGGGAGAAGAACAUUACCAGAAUGACUUUUUAGCACUAGCAUAAUUAGAUUGGAGUGCGGUCUCACCGAAAAGUCUUUGCAUUAUUGAAAAAAAAAAGAGAAACAAAAGUGUUGGACGCUA